AUGAACACUAGCGCACUGCUCGCAUCCUCCUUCUUCCUUGCUCUCUUUGCCUUCACCGGAGCUGAGUUUAUAUAUGACUCCGACGGUGACAUUGUAAGCAAUGGAGGCAAGUACUACUUAUUGCCCCGUCGUGAAGGAGGCGGAGCAAUUAAGGGUGCUACCAUUAACAAGCCUAAAAGUAGGUCGUGCUACCUUGCUGUCGUUGCAGAACCAUUGAACGAGAAUGGCUGGGCAGUGAAAAUCGGGACGCCAUACCGUUUGUUUCACAUCUCCGACGACCAUCCCUUAAACGUAUCGUUCGCCAGAUUGCCUUCAAAUGCCUGCACUCACUCACCCAGUUGGAUCGUCGCAAGUGUCACUGGCUUGGACACAGAUCCGGUGAUGGUUGGUAAGCCUGAAGAAUUUUCAGUUCCUCGUUCUGGUUAUUUCUACAUCAAGAAAUAUGAGUCUACCCAGUUCUAUAGCUUCGUCUUCUGUUACUCAACAUCCUCGUGUGGAUAUGUUGCUUUGAAGCUGGAUAAGUAUAGCAACUACCGUUUGGUCGUCACACAGGACAGAAGCGUACGUCCAGUGAUAUUCAAGCUUGUCAAAGCAACUAGUGAGGACGUGGAAUCUGGUGGCAUAUCCAUGGUGGUUUGA